AUUGAUUAGGACCUGAAACAGUGACCUGAACAGCUACUCUAUCUCUGAUGGGAUAAUUGCAUGAGUGGGUUGAGACCACUUUGUAAGACCACUGCAUUUUUUAACAUUUUUUUAUUUUAUUUUUUUAGAAAAGCUACUCAACAAAGUAAUAGUGCUUAUAACCAAUGACUGAUUAAAGGGCAAUCGAUAAACAGGGCGUAGUUUUCUGUCCUGUGGACUGCAAAGGAAAUUCCAGGCAUCAGCACUAUCAUAUCUUGGGGAGAUAAAGGAGGUCACAUAUUAAAAGAAACAUAUAGUUUUAAGGGGAUGACAGAUCCUGUUGUGUCCUCUCAACACACCUGUGAGGCAGAGACCUACAAAGACGCAGAAGCAUGCCGUGCGGUGUGGUCAAGUCCUUUCUGGUGAGUCUCUCUCGCAGGAAGCCCAUCGAGCCCGAUGGGGAAGAGUCCACUUUUAACCGAUGCCUUACCACCCUGGACCUGAUCGCCCUGGGCGUGGGGAGCACCCUGGGAGCCGGGGUCUAUGUGCUCUCCGGAGAGGUGGCCAGAGACACGGCAGGACCCAGCAUUAUCAUUUCCUUCUUCAUCGCUGCCUUGGCGUCUAUAUUUGCCGGACUUUGCUACGCGGAGUUUGGAUCCAGGGUUCCCAAAACGGGCUCGGCUUACCUUUACAGCUAUGUGACUGUUGGUGAGCUGCUGGCUUUUAUCACUGGCUGGAAUCUGCUGCUCUCCUAUGUCAUAGGAACAUCAAGCGUUGCUCUGGCAUGGAGUGGGACGUUCGAUGACCUGAUUGGGGGGGUCAUAUCCAAGUACUUCGAGGAAAAUGCCUCCAUGGGCCUUCCUGGAUUGGCUCCUUACCCAGAUGUCUUUGCAGCUGGUCUCAUCUUGCUGCUCUCAGGCAUAUUGGCGUUUGGGGUGAAAGAGUCAACGAUGAUCAACAAGAUCUUCACAGCAAUCAACAUCUUAGUGCUGCUGUUUGUUAUCAUCUCUGGGUUUAUCAAAGGGAACCUCGCCAACUGGCAGAUCAGCGAAGAGGCGCUGAUAAACGCCACAGCACAAUUCAACAACCUGAGCGACACCCUCAAUAUAACGAGCAAAUACGGAGUGGGGGGAUUUUUUCCUUAUGGCUUCAGCGGCACAUUGGCAGGAGCUGCAACAUGUUUCUAUGCUUUCGUUGGAUUUGACUGCAUCGCUACAACAGGUGAGGAGGUGAAAAACCCUCAGAAAUCUGUCCCUGUGGGCAUUGUGGCUUCACUCCUGAUAUGCUUCCUGGCCUACUUUGCGGUGUCUGCUGCCCUCACCUUGAUGAUGCCCUACUACAUGCUCAAUGAGAAGAGCCCUCUGCCAGUGGCCUUCGAAUACGUUGGCUGGGGACCCGCCAAAUACGCCGUGGCUGUGGGAUCGUUGUGUGCCCUGUCCACCAGCCUGCUGGGCUCCAUGUUCCCGAUGCCUCGGGUUCUCUUCGCCAUGGCAAGAGACGGGCUGCUUUUCCAGCCUUUGACCAAAGUCACUGCCAAAGGCAGUCCCGCUAUAGCCACCAUAUCGUCCGGAGUUGUGGCAGCCAUUAUGGGUCUCCUGUUUGACCUGGAAGCCCUGGUGGAAAUGAUGUCCAUUGGUACUCUGUUUGCCUACACACUUGUAGCAAUAUGCAUCCUGAUGCUGAGGUACCAGGCUGCCCCAUCUGAAGACGCGGACCUGCAGGUCAAAGAACCAAAGCCCAAGUUUCACUUCCUGAAGCCUCCCUCAUCUCCCAACUCUGUCACAGCACGAAGAGUCACAAUCCUAACUAUAAGUUCUGUUGUAUGUGUGGUUGCACUGUGCGUCACCUUGACUCAAGCCAUAGACGCUCUGGUAAACGUAGAGGCAUGGAGCGUGGUGCUUGUUUGCAUCUUUUCCUUCCUCCUGCUUCUCAUUUUAAUCUUCAUCUGGAUUCAACCACAGAAUCCCACAAAGGCAACUUUUAUGGUGCCAUUUCUGCCAGCUCUACCUCUACUGAGCACGCUCAUCAAUGUCUACCUGAUGGUGCAGUUAGGCUCAGCCACAUGGCUGCGAUAUGCUAUCUGGAUGUUAGUGGGGUUAGUUAUCUAUUUUGGCUACGGAGUCCGCAACAGCGUUCAGAGGAAGCGACUCAGGACCAACAGGACCGACAGGACCGACAGAACCGACAGAACCGACAUCGAAACAGUCAGCAGCAAAACAGACACGGACAUAAUUAAAGAGGAGAAGUUUUGAGCAAAAAUGGGGGUAAAGACACUGAGAUGUUACGUAGAGUCACUACGUAAUAACUGUGUAACUAAAUUCUACAUGCACCGAUUAGUAUCUACUUUUGUGGGUUUUAUUGACCAAAAGUGCCAGUAAGCAGGUUUGCUGAACAUUUGGAAAGAAAUGUCCAAGUAGGGGAGCAUUUUUUUUUUCCUUAUCUGAAACUGAGUUACAUCUUCCCAGUCAGAUAUUUGUACUGUGUAACACAUCACCGCAUAAUCAGCAUGUUUAGGUUCAGAGAAAUUUACUGCAUUUACUAAAAGGCCUUGGAGAGAAACAAAUAUUUUUAAGUAAAUUAAAUUAUUUAACAUAUUUGUGUAUUUAUGUUGCCUCUCGCACUAUUGUUAAAAAAUGAAAAAGACUAAUAAACAAAACAAUUAAUAUUUUGUAGACAUGUAACAUUUUGAUACAUUAAAUUGGAGAAUAUUGUAUUUGCCCUUAAAAUUGUUGCCAUUUUGUAAUAGUAAUAAUGAUUUUAA